GUAUCUUUCAGAUGAAGGAAUCGAAACUUGCAUAAAUUCAUCUGAAAAAGUCAAUACGAAUGACAUUAUCCUAGUUGCACUUAAUACAGAUUUAAGAACCAUUGGCAAGAAAUUCCUCCCCAGUGACAUCAAUGGUGGAAAGGUGGAAAAGCUGGAAGGUCCAUGUGUUCUGCAAAUACAGAAAAUACGCAAUGUUUCUGCACCAAAGGAUAAUGAAGAAUCUCAGGCUGCACCCAGAAUGUUACGUUUACAGAUGACUGAUGGACAUACAAGCUGCACAGCUAUAGAAUACAAUAGCAUGUCAAAAAUAAGCUUGAACACUCCACCUGGAACAAAAAUUAAACUUUCUGGAAUUAUUGAAGUAAGGAAUGGAUUCUUGCUGUUGGAUGAUAGUAACACUGCAGUUCUUGGAGGUGAAGUGGAGCAUCUUAUAGAAAAGUGGGAAUUGCAAAGGAGUUUAGCAAAACAUAGUAGGAGUAAUAUUGGAACAGAAGGCGGUCCUCCCCCUUUUUUGCCUUUCGGACAGAAAUGUGCAUCACACACGCAAGUGGACAGCAGAGAGCUUGAUCGCAGAAAGACUCUGCAGAUGACAAAUACUACAAAACCUGUUGCUGACAAUGAUGAAUUUGAAAAACAAAGAACAGCAGCCAUUGCAGAAGUUGCAAAGAGCAAGGAGACCAAGACAUUUGGAGGAGGUGGUGGUAGCAGCAGAAGUAAUCUUAGUGUAAGUGCUGGAGGGAAUCGAAACAGGGAGCUUUUCCAGAAGGAGAAGAUAACAAAACCUGAGGGAAAAAAUGAAGGUGUCUACAGAGAACUGGUUGAUGAAAAGGCUCUAAAACACAUAACAGAGAUGGGAUUCAGUAAAGAAGCAGCAAGACAGGCACUUAUGGAUAACAGUAACAACCUAGAGGCAGCAUUAAAUUUUCUUCUCAACAGCAAUAAACAAAAGCCCCUUCAGGGACCACCACCUAGAGGUAAAGGAAAGGGCCGAGGCCGAAUAAGACCUGAAGAUGAAGAAGAGCUAGGAAAUGCCAGACCAUCUGCACCUAGCACACUGUUUGAUUUCUUAGAAUCAAAAAUGGGUACUUUAACUGUAGAGGAACCAAAAUUGCAAUUUCAACCACCAUAUCAAGUACAGCCCAAAGUUAUGAAUACAGAACAGAAUGGCAUCAAAGAGAAUCAUUCAAGGCAUAUUUCUCGCAAUGACAUGAGACAACCAAGGAAUGAGAAGCCCCCUCGUUUUCAAAGAGAUAUUCAGAAUUCAAGGCAGGCUUUGGAAAGUGGGGGAUUACCAAGAAACAGAGGUCCUGAAAGGCACAACUCUUCAGAACAUUGGACAGAUGAGAAAAUCAAAAGUGACAGACAUUAUCCUAGAAAUGAUAGGCCAAAGGAUUUGGGUUAUCCCGUAGCUGCUCACCAGAGUGAUAUUUCCUUUAAAAAAAGGGAUAACAAUAUGCAAAACAGAAUAGGAAAAGGGGUGUCUUUCACAGAAUUCAAGGAGAACUCUGCUGCUCAAGAUACUACAGACAACAAUAACCAGAGACGUGGGAAAAGGGAAAAUCAAAUACACAAUUCUGAAAACUUUUGUGAUAGGAAAGCACGAACAAUAAGUAAUGAAACCUUUAUGGUAAAAAGUGAGCAACAUUUUGGUGUGAAUAAUGAUUACCAAAACACUUGCAGAACUGAUAAUUUUAAUUCUAUUCCGAAUGGAGAUACAGAACAUCAUCAGAAAGGAAGACGAGUAGGGCCUAUCAAAUCGCCAGGACCUAAUGUGAUUCCGUCUUAUGAUGACAAAAUUUUGUAUUACAACACUGGACCCAAAAGGAGAUCUGGGCCCAUCAAACCAGAGAAAAUAAUGGAACCAUCGAUUCAUGCAGAGUACGGAAAAACCUGGAGACCUGGGGAUGAGUGUUUUGCUCUUUAUUGGGAAGACAACAAGUUCUACCGGGCAGAAGUUGAAGCUCUCCAUUCUUCUGGAAUGACUGCAGUUGUUAAAUUCUGUGACUAUGGAAAUUAUGAAGAGGUGCUUCUCAGCAACAUCAGGCCUAUUCAUGCAGACACCUGGGAAGAUGAAGAAGAAACAUAUGAACAAACUCUAGAAUUCCGUAGAGGAGGAGAUGGUCAGCCAAGGCGGUCCACACGACCUACUCAACAAUUUUAUCAACCCCCAAGAGCUAGAAACUGAUUAAUAAGAAUUAUACGUGAUCUUCUCGGGUUGAGGGAAAAUUCACUGGCAGCUCCAACUUGAUGAAGACUUCUAGAAGAACUUCUGGCUUUUUCCAAGCAACAGGGUGGGACAAAGAAAGCUGAUAUGAGCAGAAGGAAUUUGAACUUGAUACCACAAGAGACUUUUUUAAAGUUCUUAGUUAAAUGAAUCUGAAUACUUUUUACAUAUGAAAGAAGCAAAUUGUCUUUGCUGCCACCAAUAAAACUACAGUGCACUAUUCUA